UCCGCACGGAUACGAGUCUCAGAAUCCCCAGCAGUCUAUUCAUUCUUUUUUAACUUUUAUAACGUGAUUUACUUUGUGUUCGUGGUGUAUGUUACGACAGCAGUGAAUCCUCGCCGUGGGUUCUCUGCACAAAUGGCUUUCAAUAUUUCCCUGCAGCGGCAUGGAAUUUCUACAAUCGCCCUUCUCCUCCACUUUCUUGCGAGUGCAUUGACUUUGACAGGGUAUGCAUCGGCGCAGGUCUUUGACAGUUUGGGAUUAUCAUAUGGACUUAGAACUGACCUUUCUGAGGAUGCUAUACUAGUUGCCAAUAAUGGAAUACGUGUGCCUUUCGGAAGAUCCAUUUUCGUGGAUCCUAUCAAUGAUUUGGUCACCCAAGUUCAGCCGGGAGACAAAUGCACCAUUACCGUGCUGGAUAACGACCCCUUGUCACAGCGGCCGGGGCUGCUAUCCCCGAAAAAGUUUCCCUGCGAAUUCGGUCCCAACGACGUGAAGUACUCACACUUCGGAUCACGGAGCCCGGCGAAGGACAGGGUGAGGUUGCAACUCCGUUAUGACACCCAAACUGAUACGGUUAUUGUGCCGUUUAUGAUGGAGGUUGAGGUGAUCUUUACACAGUUGGAGGUACUGACAAGAAAUCUCCCACUCACGGUGGAAAGGCUCUUAGGCACAAGUAACCCCAUUGAUAAGAGAAUACUGGAAUUUACUUACGACAGAAAUGCACAUCAGUGCAAAGUCGCAUCCAUGGCCAGUGGAAGUGCUUUACCCAGGUACGGCAAACUUAUUGACGAGGGGAAAUUGGGAAAGAUGGUGGACUGUGAUGAAUUUCUCAAACUCAAUAUUCGUUAUCAGCACACGUUUGCCCACCGCUCCCCCAACAGGGAUUACAUACCAAUGUUUGUGGAGUUGCAAGACAAAGAGGGGAACAUAUUAAACCAGGAGUUUUUCCAGAUCAUGGUGCGCAUUAGAGAGGGAGAGGACAAUACCCCCCCAAAGCCCAGCUUUGUGGCCAUGAUGAUGAUGGAGGUAGACCAGUUUGUAAUGACAGCCAUAACUCCUGACAUGUUGGCCGCAGAGGACAUUGAGUCCAAUGCAGAUGAUUUAAUAUUUAAUAUCACAGGCCCAUUGUCUUUCGAGGAGGGCUACAUUGUGAGUACAGAUGAUAGGAAUUUGCCCAUCACCUCUUUCUAUCAGAGGGAUUUAAAAGAGCUGAAAAUAGCCUACAAGCCCCCCUCGGUGGACUCAGACAGUGAGCGAAUCUUCCAAAUUGAGUUUGAGGUCGUGGACACGGAGGGGGCGCCGUCCGACUCCUUCGCCUUCAUGAUCGUAGUCAAGCCCAUGAACACGCUGGCCCCCGUGGCCACCCGCAACACGGGUCAGCUGCUGUACGAGGGCCAGUCCAGGCCCCUCUCCAGCUCCCACAACCUGGAGAUCAGCGACGAGGACAACUUGGAUGCCGUGCGCGUCAGUGUCAUCGACGGCCUGCGGCAUGGCCACCUGACCAUCCUGGGCUCUCGCAGGAAGUUUUUCACCCCCGCCGACCUGGACAGCGGCGUGGUGGUGUACCAGCAUGACGGCAGCGACACGUACAGCGACAACAUCAUCUUCCGGAUGACGGACGGCAAGCAUGAGGUGGAGUUCCUGUUCCCCAUCACCGUGGUGCCCAUGGACGACGAGCCGCCAAUCAUCAACGCCAACACGGGCCUGGUGCUCUUCAAGAACCAGAUGAUGCCCAUCUCACCCCUGACGCUCAGUGCCGCCGACAUUGACUCAGAGGACUCCACCAUUAAGUUUGUCAUGCAGCCCCCCUUUUCGGGCAUCGGGGAGGUGCUGCUACGGCAGGCCGAGGCGCCUGAGGACCCCUCAACGUGGCGGUUCAACACCGAAGACGAGAUGUACGAGAAGACGGUGACGGAGUGGCUGCAGCAGGACAUCACGGACGGCAAGCUCUUCUACAGACACACUGGGCCUCACAUCACCAAGCCCGUCAUGGACCAAUUUGUAUUCCGCGUACAGGACGACAACGACCCGCCGAAUCAGUCGGACGACAGCUCGUUUGUCAUCAAGGUGUUGCCCAUCGAUGACAUCCCUCCUGAGCUCUACCCUGACACCACCCUGCAGAUGACUGUCCAUGAGUACCAGCUCACACACUUCCGUAAGAAGUUCUUGCGUUACACUGACUUGGACUCUGAGGACCGCGACCUGAAGUACACAGUCACGAAACCCCCCACUGACAUAGACGCAAACAACCCCCUCGUCUUUGGGUCGAUCGUUUUGACCGAAAGCCCAGACGUCCAGGUCACGGAGUUCACCCAGGCCCAGAUAAAUCACCACAAGAUCGCCUACAAGCCGCCGGACGUGGAGCUGGGCAUCAUCGCCCACGUGGUGCAGUUCACUUUCACCGUGGAAGACACGGCCGGGAACAGCGUCACGGGAUCCUUUGACAUAUUCCUCCAGCCCGUCGACAACAAGCCGCCCCAGAUAACCAACUCCGGCUUCACCGUGCUGGAGGGCAGCACGCACGUUAUCACCAGGGAGGAACUCGACACCGAGGACCAGGACACCGACAGCAGCCAGAUAUCCUUCACCAUCAUCCAGCUGCCGCUGCACGGCGUGGUCCAGUACACGUUCACCGACCUCACCAAAGGCGACGCGUUUAAUCUGCUGGACAUCUCGGACGGCAAGAUCUCCUAUGUGCACAACGGAGACGAGUCCACCAGCGAUUACUUCCAGAUAGAUGUUAGCGACGGCGUCCAUGUCGUCACCAUCACUGUCAGGGUGACUGUGAAGCCUGUCGAUGAUGAAAAGCCUACUAUUAGCUUGCCAGCUGGCACCAUUGGCUCACACAUCGACGUGCUGGAGAACGGGGCCACAGAAAUCACCACCAGCGUCAUCCAGGGACGCGACGAAGAUACGGACGACCUCCGUCUGACCUUUAUCGUAGAAGACCCCCCUGUGUUUGGUCAAAUUCUGCUAAACGGCGUGCCUGCCUCCAGGUUCACCCAAGCAGAUGUAAUCAGCGGCUUUGUGGUGUACGCCCACACAGGCGGAGAGAUCGGCCUCACCACCAAAGAGGACGGGUUUAAUUUGACUUUGACGGACAUGUCAGACGAAUGGACUGUUGGGGGUAACAAGAUCACAGGGGUCAGAGUUCAUGUCACCAUCCUCCCCCUGGACAGCCAGGCCCCUGAGGUCUUUGUAGGCCCCCUGUUCAGCGUAGUGGAGGGAGAGAAGAAUGUCAUUGAGAUCCUACACAUCAGCGCAGAUGACGUAGACACACCCAAUGACGACCUGCUGUGCACGAUCAUCGUCCAGCCCUCAUCAGGCUAUGUGGAAAACAUCUCCCCCGCCCCAGGCUCGGAGAAGUCAAGGUCGGGAACGGCCAUCAGCGCUUUCACCAUGAAGGACAUCAGGCAGGGCCACAUCUACUACGUGCAGAGCAUCCACAAAGGCGUGGAGCCAGUGGAGGACAGGUUCACGUUCAGGUGCUCCGACGGCAUCAACUACUCCGAGAAGCAUUUCUUCCCCAUCGUCAUCAUCCCGUCCAACGACGAGAAGCCUGAGAUGUACAUGAGGGAGUUUGUGGUGAUGGAGGGCAUGAACAUCGUCAUUGACACCCCGAUUUUGAACGCGGCUGAUGCCGAUGUCCCAUCUGACGAACUGACGUUUAUUAUAAUCAGACCCCCCAAACACGGAGUCAUUCUCAACCAGUUGACCUCUGGCACGGUGACAGUUUCAAACUUCACCCUCGACCAGAUCAGAGAGGCUUCUAGUAUAGUUUAUGAGCAUGACGACUCAGAGACCACAGAAGACAGCUUCACUGUCAUUCUCACGGAUGGAAAAUUCACAGUGGAGAAGGAUGUUCUCAUCAUGGUUAUCCCGGUCGACGAUGAAACACCCAGGAUGGCCAUCAACGAUGGGCUGGAGAUUGAGAUUGGGGAUGUCAAAGUGAUCACCAAUAGGAUUUUAAAAGCCACUGACCUGGACUCAGAGGACAGCACUCUGACCUACAUCAUUCGCUAUGGCCCAAACCAAGGAUAUCUGCAACGGAGAACACCGUUCGGAUACCUGGAGAACAUCACCAUCGGCAUGAACUUCACGCAGAACGAAGUAGACCAAGACCUCAUCAUUUACAUCCACAACGGCCAGGAGGGCAUCCGCGACCUGAUCAAAUUCGACGUGACCGACGGCCUCAAUCCUUUGAUCGACCGCUACUUCUAUGUGACAGUGGGCAGCAUAGACAUGGUCUUCCCGGAUGUCGUCAACAAAGGUGUGUCCUUGAAAGAAGGCGGCAGGGUCACCCUCACCACGGACCUGCUCAGCACCCACGACCUGAACAGCCCAGACGAACACCUGGUCUUCACCAUCACACGGGCCCCGAUGCGCGGCCACCUGGAGUGCACCGACACACCGGGGAUGCCCAUCAGCUCCUUCACCCAGCUCCAGCUGGCCGGCAACAAGGUCUACUAUAUCCACACGGCUGAUGAUGAAGUCAAGAUGGACAGCUUCGAGUUUGAGGUGACGGACGGUUACAACCCAGUCUUCCGCACCUUCCGGGUCUCCAUCACGGACGUGGACAACAAGAAGCCCGUGGUGACGGUGCACGGGCUGGUGCUGAGUGAGGGCGAGAGCAAGCUCAUCACACCCUUCGAGCUGACCGUGGAGGACCGUGACACGGUGGACCGCCUGCUGAGGUUCACAAUCACCCAGGUGCCCGUGCACGGCAAGUUGCUGUUCAACAACAGCCAUCCUGUCACGUCGUUCACCAAGCAGGACCUGAACGAGAACCUCAUCAGCUACCGGCACGACGGCACUGAGUCCUCCCAGGACUCCUUCUCUUUCACCGUCACUGACGGCACGCACACAGACUUCUACGUCUUCCCCGACACGGUCUUUGAGACGCGCAAGCCGCAGACCAUGAAGAUCUCCAUCCUGUCGGUGGACAACGGCGUGCCGCAGAUCGUGGUCAACAAGGGCGGGGCGACGCUGAGGGUGCUGUCCACGGGACACCUGGGCUUCCUGAUCACCAGCAAGGCGCUGAAGGCCGAGGACAGGGACAGCCUGCAGUUGGCCGUGACCUUCAGGAUCACCGUGGGACCGGAGCACGGAUACCUCAUCCACCUGGGCAAGGGCAACGUCACCGUCACCACCUUCACCCAAGCUGACAUUGAUGACAUGCAUAUAUGCUACGUCCUGAGAGAUGGGGACAAUGCCACCAGCGACGUCUUUUACUUCUCCAUAGAGGAUAUUGGAGGGAACCGCCUGAAGAACCAGCAGUUCCGUCUGAACUGGGCCUGGAUCUCGCUGGAGAGGGAGCACUACGUGGUGGACGAGGAGGCCAAGCAGCUGGAGGUGGUGCUGAAGAGGAGGGGGUACCUGGGGGAGACCUCCUUCGUCAGUAUUGGCACCAAGGAUGGCACGGCGGUGAAGGACAAAGACUUCCGUGGCAAGGCCCAGAAGCAGGUGCAGUUCAACCCCGGCCAGACCACGGCCACCUGGAAGGUGCGCAUCCUGAGCGACCAGGAGUACGAGCAGUCGGAGACCUUCCAGAUCGUUCUGUCCGAGCCGGUCAUGGGCGCCCUGGAGUUCCCCGAGGUGGCUACCGUGGAGAUCGUCGACCCUGGAGACGAGUCUACAGUGUUCAUCCCGUCGGACUCCUACUCCAUUGAAGAGGACAUCGGGGAGCUCCUGAUCCCAGUCAGGCGCAGCGGAGACACCAGCCAGGAGCUCAUGGUGCUCUGCUUCACACAGCAAGGCUCAGCCACAGGGACGGUGCCCACCACCGUGCUGUCCUACUCGGACUACAUCUCGCGGCCCGAGGAGCACACCAGCAUGGUGCGCUUCGACAAGGACGAGACGGAGAAGGCGUGCCGCGUGGUGGUGAUCGACGACUCGCUGUACGAGCCCGAGGAGAGCUUCAACGUCACCCUCAGCAUGCCCAUGGGAGGACGCCUGGGCAUGGAGCACCCCUCCGCCAGGGUCCUCAUCCUGCCAGAUGCCGACGACGCUCCUGUCUUCUACUUUGGUGAUACGGAUUACCACGUGGACGAGAGCGAUGGCUAUGUGGAGGUGAAGGUGUGGCGGACAGGCACGGACCUCAGCCAGACCGGAACCGUGACUGUGCGCUCCCGCAAAACCGAUCCCGUCUCCGCAGAAGCUGGCCUGGACUACGUUGGCAUCAGUCGGAACUUGGACUUUGCCCCAGGAGUGACCAGCCAGACAGUUAAGGUCACUAUUCUGGACGACCUGGGCCAGCCGGUUCUGGAGGGCGCGGAGAAGUUCGAGCUGGUCCUACGUAUGCCCAUGAACGGCAUCCUGGGAGAACCAGCCAGGACAACUAUCUUCAUCAACGACUCUGUGUCUGACUUGCCGAAGGUGCAGUUCCGUGACAGCAUGUACAUGGGCAAUGAGAACGCGGGCCAGAUCUCUGCCCUGGUGUACCGCAGUGGAGACUUGAGCUACAAGUCCACCGUGCGCUGCUACACGCGCCAGGGCACCGCGCAGGUCAUGAUGGACUUCAACGAGAGACCCAACACCGACGACUCCACCAUCACCUUCCUGCCCGGUGAGGUAGAGAAGCCUUGUGUGUUGACCCUGGUAGACGACACUGAGCAUGAGGAGACAGAGGAGCUGCGUCUGGUCUUGGGCACCCCCAGGAGCGAGUCUCCUUUCGGGGCCUCCAUCGGCACACAGAACGAGACCCUGGUCAAGAUUAAAGAUGACGCUGACAAGUCUAUUAUCAAGUUUGCGGAGACCAAGUUCAGCGUGAGCGAGCCCAAGGUGCCGGGCCAGGUGUCGGUGGUGAAGAUUCCAGUGAUCCGCAUCGGGGACACGUCCAAGGUGUCCGUGGUGCGAGUGCACACCAAGGACGGAUCUGCGUCCUCAGGCGAAGAUUACCAUCCCGUGUCAGAGGGUAAGGAUGCCUUGCAAGGAGGAAUUUAA